AUGUCCGUGGACCUUGAUAGCCCUCUCCACCAGCCCAAGCCCGGCUCAGGGGUCAAAAAGGGAAGGCGGCCGUGGUGUGCAGCGAGUCCAGCGACAGGGAAAGGGAAGGUGGAGGGACAAAUCUGGGGCAAGCAACAGCACGACAUUCACCCGCGCCACCGUGUGUUGGGCUGUCCAGUGAGCCAGUGCCGUUCGUUUAUCAACCACGGAUACCAACAGUCCAAUAACCCAAAAUCCGUUGCGAUUGCGGGUCUCGAGACGUCCCACGACAUCAUCGGUGGCUGCCCCUCGGACCCCGGCGCAACCCCUCCCCGCGACUCCGACGUCAACCACAUGUCCGCCAGCAGAUAG